AUGGUCACCUCUUGGUUGCUAAAUUCUCUAUCAAAAGAUAUUGCAGAUUCAGUGAUUUACUCAAGAACUGCAAAGGAACUGUGGAUAGAUCUGGAACAGAGGUUUGGACAGUCUAAUGGAGCCAAGCUAUACCAUCUGCAAAAAGAAAUCAGUGGAUUAGCACAAGGAUCCACUGAUAUAGCAGGUUAUUUUACUAGAUUGAAAAGGCUUUGGGAUGAACUUGAUUCCCUCAACUCACAUGUAAACUGCAUGUGUAUGUGCACUUGUAAAGGAAAGCAGAAAAUAGCUAAGUCAUUGGAGGACCAAAGACUCAUGCAUUUCCUCAUGGGUUUAAAUGAUGUCUACUCUCAAGCUCGAGGAAACAUUCUCAUGCUUAACCCUUUACCAGGAAUCAAUCAAGCUUAUUCUCUUCUCCUUCAAGAUGAGAAUCAAAGAGAGGUGUAUGUUAACCCACAGUAUUCCCCUAAUUCUUCAUCCUUCAUGGCAAGAAACUAUAAUGCUAGCUCUCAGAAGUUCACAAAACAAACUCAAAGGUUUGGAAAUAACAACACACAAAGGUUCAAAUCUGGUAAUCAAAUGCAAGGACAGAGGUUUGGAAAUAGAAAUCAAAGGAAUCCAAAUCAGUCACAAAGAACAGGAGCAGGUUUCAAGCCUAGAAAAGCAAAGUUUAAUCCUAAUGUUAGUUGCACUGAUUGCUUCAAAAUAGGGCAUCUAGUUGAUGACUGCUAUAGACUACAUGGGUUUCCAGACGAUUUUGAACUUACCAAUCAAAAGGAGUAUAACAGUGCAGUCAAAGGUAAUGCAGCAGUGGCAGGUGAAGAACAUGAAAGCAUUGACACAGGAUAUAAUGAUGCUGAGAUAAACAGCAUUACUCAGCAGCUAAGCAAGUAA